AUGCCUGCUCCACUUUCCUCAAAGUUCUCUCAUAUGGGCAUCAGGUCUGGGACAUUGACACAUCUGGCACAUCUGUUCGUAUGGCACAUCAGCCCACCUAUACCCUACUAUCCGUCAUUCUCUGCACGCCGAGUACUCUGGCGUCCUGUGUCUACCUCCCAGAUUGCACUCGUGUCCAAUGAGGACUUUGGUGGAGGGAGUGGUAACAAGGGGAUCCUAAAGUUAACGGUGCAAAAUCCAGAUGCUAUAGAGAUAUUGGAUGCAAGGUGUGGCCGGAUUGCUAAAUGGACUGUUGAAGUGAGCAUGACUGGUGACUCGCAUGCACUUUGGGUCCACCAUAUUUGUAUGUCCUGUCAUAUCCCGUAUUCCGGACCUACGUCCGAUGAUGUUCCCACGCCUUCCGGAUGCCUUCCGGAUGCCUUCCGGAUGCCUUCUGGAUGCCUUCCGGACGCACAUCCGGACCUCCAUACCCUUAUCCAUGCCUUUAGUCCUCCAGUCCGCUAUCGGUUUGGAUCCAUACACCUUCGUACAUCCAUAUAUCCAUACCUCUGGACCUCUGCAGCUAAGCCUGCUUCAUCCACCCUUAAUCCUAUCGGAUCCGAGCUCAUUCAAUCUCGGACUUUACCUUCCCUAGACUAUCGGUCUAUAUCCAUGAUCCAUAUCCUAGUCUCAUCUUCACCUAGAUCUCCGGAUCCGCUCAUCCGAUAUCCAGAUGCCUCAUCCAAUAUCUCUAGACCUCCGGAUCCGACCUAUACUCAUAUCCGAAGCCCAAACCUUAAAUCAGCAUCUAUCUCCUUAUGGUAA